AGUCAUGCCUCCUGUCAAUCAUUCCUCCUCUCUCGCUCUCUCUCUCCAAUCAUUCUUUCAUUUUGAGUCUUUGGCUCAGAACUCUUCCUGUCAGCUGAAAGUCUUCUUCUCUUUUCUCUUGAGAGGCAACUGAACUCGCGGACAGAUCUUCUUGAUGGCACCGACGAGGAAGAGAACAUCGGGAACAACCUACCAGGUCUUCCUGAGCUUCAGAGGACCCGACACCCAUCAGGGAUUCACAGAUGUCCUGUAUUAUGCUCUCAUAGAUGCAGGAAUUCGUGUCUUCAGAGAUGAUGAGGAGAUCCGGAAAGGCGAGGAUAUCGGUGAAGAAAUCCUGAGAGCCAUCGAGGAAUCCAGGAUCUUCGUGCCAAUCUUCUCCAUCAACUAUGCUUCCAGUAAGUGGUGCCUGAUCGAACUCGCCAAGAUGUUCGAGUCCAAGGAGGCAUCCAUUGCCAAGAAGACCCUUCUUCCCAUUUUCUAUGACGUGGACGUGGACGAUGUCAAGCUCAAGACGUAUCUGUACAUUGAAGCUCUGUUGAUACACAGGGAGAAGUUCAGUACCGACAUAGUGCACCAGUGGGAGGAGGCUCUUCGAAAAGCUGAAAAAAUCGAGGGAUGGGAACUGAAGGGUCAAGGCUAUGGAGAAUUUGCUAGGUCCUUUGUCAGAGAGGUUUCCAUGAGGUUGAAGGUGAAACAUAAAUAUGUGACGGACUAUCUAGUUCAAAGGGAUGAUCAAGUGAAAGAUCUCAUGGAUCUUUUAGAUAUUGAAUCAUCUGGCGUAUGUUUUGUUGGGAUCCAUGAGAUGGGCGGGAUUGGAAAAACUACUCUAGCCAAGCUUGUCUUCAAUAAGCUCUGCGAUCGUUUUGAUAAGUGUAGCUUCCUUGCUGAUGUUCGAAGUAAGGGUAUUGAACUUUAGCAGAAACAACUGUUGGACAAUUUUGGUCUCAGAUCAGGGGAAAUUAUGGAUGUCGGUGAUGGGAUCAUACGGAUUAGAGAAAUACUUGCCCAGAAGAAAGUUCUAAUUGUUCUUGAUGAUGUAGAUCACAGGGAUCGGAUCCAGAAUCUAGCAGGGGAUGAUAGUUGGUUCGGUUCUGGAAGCUGAAUUCUUAUCACUACCCGGGACCAGCGUGUUCUAGAGAUCAUACGACAGAGAGUUCACAUUUUGGAAGUGGAGGAAAUGAAACCUGAAGAAACUCUUCAACUUUUCAGCUUGCAUGCCUUUGAAAAGGACUCCCCUCCGAGCGACUACCUCAGACUCACACAGAAGGCUGUUGCAAGUAGCGGCCGACUUCCUUUAUUGAGUUUUAUUGUUUUCUGUAAUGGUGGCAUUGGGGGCAUUAGAGUAGAAGUUCUGAUAGUGUGUUCUCUUUCAUUGUUCUUUGCUCUGCUGUUGUUGAACCUAUGAAUUUCGUAUAUGUUAUUGAGAUGUAUUUGGAAAAUAAAUUCUUAUCCCCAGGUCAUGUCAACCACUCAAUCUUCUGGAAGAACCUGGCUCCUGUUCGUGUAAGUUAAAUUUGUUCUGCUCCAAUGUCUAGGAUAUCCCGAUCUAAAGUAUCAAGCUUUGCAGGAAGGAGGCGGUGAACCCCCAAAAGGUUCUCUAGGUUGGGCCAUUGAUACACAUUUUAGCUCCUUGGAGGCAUUGGUUCAAAAAAUGAGCGCAGAAGGUGCAGCUUUGCAGGGCUCUGGAUGGGUGGUAAGAUUUGCAUAUUACAAUUUCAAUUUCUAAUUGUGUUUUGUCCAGUGGCUUGGCCUCGAUAAAGAAUUGAAGAGACUGGUUGUUGAAACCACUGCCAAUCAGGUAAUUUUCAAAAGACAUCUGAUAUCAGUCUUUGGAAUAGACAUCAUAAUACUGUCCUUGAUGAUAUUCUUGUCUAGGGCAUCAGUGAGUUGGCUAGAUAUCCAUAUCAUCUCAAUUUAUUCUUGAGCAGUCUGUGAUAUCUGUUUUGACAGUUGGGUUAAUGUUCAUUUACUAUGGGGAAAAAGGGUAAGAAUUUUCCUGGUUAUUUGUUAGUUAUUGAUUGCGGGAUAUAAUCAAGUUUUGGUUAGUUAAUCAAUGACUGCGUUACUGAAAUUGCUGGAUAUUAUGUAAGAAGUCUGGGAAGUGCGAUCCAUGCUUUUCAUUUUCACUUUCUCUUGAGUUGCCAUAUCGCGUUCUAAUUCUUAAAAACAUUGGGUGCUUUGAGUUCUAAACUAGUUCAAACGAGUAGUUACUAGCUCAUGUGAGCACUCACAUGUCUUCCACUUCACUUUUGAUAUUUAAGGAUCAGAAAGCUUAUUAAUGUCUGUUGAUGUUAUAAUCAAUGGAAUGUCUUGGCUCUAAAUCUGCUUGCAGGACCCACUAGUGACAAAAGGACCAAGUUUGGUUCCUUUAAUUGGAAUAGAUGUCUGGGAACAUGUAUACUAUCUGCAGUACAAGAAUGUGAGGCCCGACUAUCUGAAGAACAUAUGGAAGGUCAUCAACUGGAAGUAUGCCAGUGAAGUGUUCGAGAAAGAAUGCCCUUGAGACUCGACGCAUUACCUGGAGCUUCUUGCCCAUUGUAAAACAGAGUGAUGUGCUGUGAUAGAAGAGCUGUUCCUUGUCCUCAGUGGAGGUGCUAUCAGUACAAAAACUACUGUGUUCUGAUGUAGCCGUUGCUGAAUAAAGUUGAGCAUUUGCACCAAUGUUUUGUCUUGCGUAAUCUCAUGAGUUUGGCCUUGA